AUGCCACGUAUGAUUACUGGACUGAACAAGGAUCUUGACCAAGAAUUGGAAGACUGGGGCUUUGCUUUGGAGACAGCUGCCGAAACAUGCAGCUGGGGCUCAUCUUCGCGCUCCAGAUUAUCUGUCGAUGUCUUCCGACACGUGUCAUUUCCUGAAGUGUGCACCGAUCAACAGUGA